AAUAAAAAAUCUGAAACGCGAAGGAAACCGAUAUACAUAAUUGCUUAAAUCUGUAGAAAAGCUUUAUGUUCCAUCUCUAUCUCUCCUACUCACUCUGAAAAUCUUCGAAGAAGAAGAAGAAGAAGGAAGAAGAUGGGUAGGAUCUCGGGCCUCACAACCAUCACCACCACCACCACCACCACCCUCUUCUUAACUACUCUCCUCCUCAUCAUCUCCUCCGUUCACUCCUUCUACCUCCCUGGUGUUGCUCCUCGCGAUUUCCACACUGGUGAUUCACUGUUCGUCAAAGUGAACAAACUGUCAUCUACAAAGACACAACUCCCAUAUGAUUACUACUACUUAAAAUAUUGUAAGCCCAAAAAGAUUGAGAACAAUGCAGAAAAUCUGGGGGAGGUUCUUCGAGGCGACCGCAUUGAGAAUUCUGUUUUCACUUUCAAAAUGAGGGAGGAGCAAUCAUGCACAGUCGCUUGUCGACAAACUCUUAAUGCUGAAGCUGCAAAAAAUUUUAAGGAGAAAAUUGAUGAUGAAUAUCGAGUAAACAUGAUUUUGGAUAAUCUGCCUGUUGCAGUUCUUAGACAAAGGAGAGAUGGAAGUCCGUCAACAACUUAUGAACAUGGUUUCCGUGUUGGAUUCAAAGGAAAUUAUCUUGGGAAGAAAGAAGAGAAAUAUUUUAUCAACAAUCACUUAAGCUUCCGAGUCAUGUAUCACAAAGAUCCUGAGACAGAUUCUGCUCGAAUCGUGGGAUUUGAGGUUACUCCAAACAGCAUCAAUCAUGAAUAUAAGGAGUGGGAUGAGAAGAAUCCUCAAGUGGUAACAUGCAAUAAAGACACCAAAAAUUUACCGCCACGCAGUACUACUCCACAAGAAGUUGACACAGAUAAGGAGAUUAUAUUUACAUAUGAUGUUUCCUUUAAGGAAAGUCAAAUCAAAUGGGCAUCUCGUUGGGACACAUACCUCCUCAUGAAUGAUGAUCAGAUCCACUGGUUUUCCAUUAUAAACUCUUUGAUGAUUGUUCUCUUCCUUUCCGGCAUGGUGGCUAUGAUCAUGAUGAGAACUCUGUACAAAGAUAUUUCCAAUUACAACCAGUUAGAAACCCAAGAUGAGGCUCAGGAAGAAACUGGAUGGAAACUUGUUCAUGGAGAUGUUUUUAGACCACCAAUCAAUUCCGGUUUACUUUGUGUCUAUGUUGGCACAGGUGUUCAGAUCUUUGGAAUGACACUUGUGACAAUGAUAUUUGCUUUGCUGGGAUUCUUGUCUCCUUCCAAUCGAGGUGGCCUAAUGACUGCAAUGGUUCUCUUAUGGGUUUUCAUGGGCAUAUUUGCCGGUUACUCUUCUGCAAGAUUGCACAAAAUGUUCAAGGGCACAGAGUGGAAGAUGACUACAUUAAAAACUGCAUUUAUGUUUCCGGGUAUUCUUUUUGCAGUCUUCUUUGUACUGAAUGCUCUAAUUUGGGGGGAGCAAUCAUCUGGGGCAGUGCCCUUUGGCACAAUGUUUGCUCUUGUCUGCUUAUGGUUUGGAAUAUCAGUGCCCCUCGUCUUUGUGGGUAGUUAUCUCGGUUUUAAAAAGCCUGCCAUUGAUGACCCUGUAAAGACCAACAAAAUCCCCCGUCAAAUUCCAGAGCAGGCAUGGUACAUGAAACCGGUCUUCUCAAUACUCAUUGGAGGCAUUCUACCAUUUGGGGCUGUGUUUAUUGAGCUCUUCUUCAUAUUGACAUCAAUAUGGCUGAACCAGUUCUACUACAUCUUUGGCUUCCUUUUCAUCGUGUUUGUUAUCCUUUUAAUCACUUGUGCAGAGAUAACUAUUGUACUCUGCUACUUCCAGUUGUGCAGUGAAGACUACUAUUGGUGGUGGAGAUCAUACCUUACUGCUGGCUCUUCUGCUCUGUACCUCUUCCUCUACUCAGUCUUCUACUUCUUUACCAAGUUGGAAAUAACGAAGUUUGUUUCAGGCAUCCUUUACUUUGGCUACAUGAUCAUUGUUUCCUAUGCAUUCUUCGUCCUAACUGGUACCAUUGGUUUCUAUGCUUGCUUCUGGUUUGCCCGGAAGAUAUACUCCUCUGUGAAGAUUGAUUGACUGGAAAAAGAUGCACAGAACGAGGACUACAUUUCAGACCAACAGAGGAAGGCAGAAAAGGUGGAAGUUUUUUCGGUUGCUAGCUUUCUCUGGAAAAAGAUCAAAAGAGAAUUUUCCCAAUCUCUAGAAGACCUUUUAUUUUGUUGAUUGUAGCAUAGGAUGUGGCCUGUUAUUUCGUCUGCAAUAUUGUUAAAGUUAAGAAUUUGUACUCGUAGUAUAUCAGUACCAGACGCUUACCGAAUCUAGAUGUCUACUUAUAGUAUAUGAGCCUCUGAAGUUUGUGUAGCGAUUUGAUUGGAAGCAAUUAAAAAAGAAAACAUGUUGAUCUUGUA